GUCUGUUGGCUCCCCUGGGUGCCAUGGAGACCUGGCGGAAAGGCUCCUUCCGCAACGCCUCCUUCUUCAAGAGGCUGAGCCUGGGGCGGCCGAGACGACUCCAGCGACAGGGCAGCGUGCUCAGCCAGGCCAGCACGGCUGGCGGGGAUCACGAGGAGUACAGCAACCGAGAGGUCAUCCGGGAGCUUCGAGGGAGGCCAGAUGGACGGCGCCUGCCUCUUUGGGGGGACGAGCAGCCCCGGGCCACCCUGCUGGCCCCACCCAAGCCUCCUCGCCUGUACCGAGAGAGCUCCAGCUGCCCCAACAUCCUGGAGCCCCCACCUGCCUACACUGCUGCCUACACGGCUACCCUGCCCUCGGCGCUCUCCCUGGCGGGCACCCUCCACCACUACUCUGAAGAGGACCUUUUGGACACUCCCUUCCAGAAGACACCUGCCCCAGACCUGAGUGAUCCCUUCUUCUCCUUCAAAGUGGACCUGGGGAUUUCACUUCUUGAGGAAGUUCUACAGAUGCUGAGGGAGCAAUUUCCCAAUGAACUUAGCUUCUGAAUGGAGUGCAUGGAAGGCAGAGGUGGGGUAACUGGAAGAGCUGGAAGCCUGGAGGCCCAGGGAAGGAGGAUACAGUUGCAGAUUAAGAAAAGGUAGGGACAGAAAUCCAGGAUCCUGCCUUCCUUCCGGGUCCUGAACAGUCUUCCAGGUUAUCCUGGAGCAGAGGGACAGAGGCAAGCCGUAGGAAAUGUCUUGAGGGGGUACUUGCUGGCGGGAGCCCUGAAGGCAGCUGGCUAAGCUGGGGAAGGGAGGCCAUGCCUGUAACCACGGGGACAAGGCAGAGGCCAGCAGAGGGGGAGGGGAGCACCAGGGGUGAGUCAGGGAGUGGAGGACUCACACUGAGCAGAUCAGAUGGGUGCCCUGCAGCAGCUCCUCUGAAGCCACUGUUUAUAGAGAGACGUUACAGGGCAGGUCUAGGCAAAAGUGGUCUGACCCAGGCCAAAGAGGAAAGUGGGGAGACCUGAGGGAAGAGCCACUAAGGACAUGUGGUUGUUCAGACUGAAAUGAGGUAAAAUUAAAAAUUUAGUUCCCUGGUUACACUGGCCACAUUUCAAAUAUCCAGCAGCCACACGUGAUUAGCGGCUACCACAUUGGACAGCGCCAGUUGCAUGUAAACAUCACUGGAGAAAGUCCUGUUGGACAGCACUGGCAGAGACCAGGGCCCGGAGCCACCAGUGCCAUGGUGGGGUCGGGGGGAAACAUCUGGGGGAGGAAAGGGCUGGCAGAGCAGGAAGAGUGAGGCAUACAGAGGUGCAGAGUAGACUCAGGAAAAAGGCCACACAAAUCAUUUCCAGAAAAGAGACACGAGAGACACACUGCCAACAGAGCUGCCCAGAGCAUGCCCUGGUGCCCGAGGAAGGUGUCUGUAGGGAAUGCCAGCCAAAGGCACAGACACGGCUUGCAAACGGGUGCUCGGAGAGUUCCCAGAAUUACUAGUGAUGGGAGCCCUUGAGAAAUGUAGCAGAAAGAGUGGCAGAUUUCCCUCCUUCUUGCCCUGGGAGCACCGGACUGGAUCAGAGGAUGGACACGAAACUCGUAGCUGUUACCAUAAAGAGGCUCAGCUGGUCUCCAGAACUGUCCACAGGAUUGGGGAGCCCUGCCUUGCCCAAAUCCCCCGAUGAUGGGGACUGCCGUGCAGGGCUGAGCCCCCUGGGUCAAGGCCAUAGGCUCUGCUACUGCCCUGCCCUGUGGCCUGGCCAGAAGACUUGAAACCAGAGCCCAAAUUGGCUGGGCCAUGUGGUUUUGACACUCCAGGCCUUAUCAAGCGUGGCAGAGGGGGAGAGGAAGCUUCAACGCACACUGCUUCCAUACC